CUCGGAACGACUUAUAAGUUCCAAGACACGAUUCAACCACUAUUUAGACAUCGUUUCCAAAAGGAAAAAAAACCGGGCUUGAUUUUAUUGUUUGUUUGUGUGUUUGCAACUUUGAAAUAUUAUUUCUCUAAUAUUCGAGUUAUUGGGAUCAGCUAGGAGCGUUGAUAAUUGUGUCUAGACCAACUGAAGCCUUUCCCAAGUCCACUGCCCCAUUACCAACAAACAACCACAGAAAAAAAAAAGAAAACCUUAAUUCAAAGACACCAUGGCUCAACCAAAAAAUGAAAUAUUUCAAUAUUCAAUCGUGAGCUGUCUCAUGGACGGCGUGGCCUCAUCAGGCAUGCCAGUUGUUGAUCUGCUCAAGCAUGGCGACCUGGGCUUGGGCACUUUCAAACACAUGGUCGGCGAAAUGAUCAUGUUGGAUGGUGCCAUGUUCCAGAUGAAGUCUGACGGGUCGAUUGUUCCGAUCUCAGCCAACCCAGAGUCGACCGCCAACGACGAUGGGACGAAUCCGAUGAUUUCGCCUUUUGCAACCGUCACCCGCUUCGAGCCGACGGUUCACAACCCGUCGGUAAGCUUCUCCAGCAAAGACUCCCUGGCGAAGAAGCUGUCGGAGAUGCUGCCCGGCACCCGCAACAUCUUCAUGGCCUUCCGGGCCGAUGGCGUCUUCAACCUCACCGUCCGCACCGCCGCGGGCCAGCAGUGUCCCCGGGAACCGCUAGUGGCCGUAUCUAGCAGACAGACCAUGCACACAUUUAAGAACGAGAGGGGCACGAUUGUUGGAUUCCGCUCACCUGGCUUCUCCCAUGGUAUCAGUGUAGCCGGCGAUCACAUCCAUUUUAUCAGCGAGGAUCGCAAGCGCGGCGGACACGUCCUCGCCUUGGAUACCGGAGAAGGCUCCGUUAGCCUUGGGGUCGCCCCGAUCUCCAAAGUACAUCUGCAGCUCCCAGUUGAUGAUGAAGAGUACAACGAGGCAGAGUUGAAGCUCGAUAGUGAGGGUAUCAACGCAGUAGAGGGCUAGUGGCAGCAAGUUCUAGUCUAGAAUCUACAACUUUUAAUCGGUCUGUUCACUCAACUGUAUUCUCACAGUUACCUGAUAUUGAAAUUUGUCAGACGCA